AUGGCGCUGAAAUCCAUUGGUCUGGCGAAAGGAUUUGUAUUCGGACGUGUCUCGACCUUGGGUGUAACUAGUGGAGCACUCCACCAGAAACGAACUAAUUAUAAAUACGUUGGUAUGGUAGAGGAAACCGAUGGUUCAUUUGCUGGUGACCUGAACUAUGGACUUCAUACAUUGUUCUUCACUGAAAUGUUUCGAGGCUUCGGAGUAAUGCUGGGUCACUUCUUUAUGGAACCUGCUACGAUCAACUAUCCCUUUGAGAAAGGACCUAUCAGCUCUCGAUUCAGGUAUGUCACCAGCAAAUGA